AUGAGUGAAAAAUUAUUUUGGAAGAUUUGGAGAAAUAUUUAUUUAAAUAAUUUAAUAUUUGAAAAUUUAACAGAGGAACCAAUUGAAUUUACAAAUAUUUUGGAUUUCCAUUUUUGUAAUAGAAUAAAAUUUAAAUAUAUUAAAUCAUUAAAAUGGAUGAUAAAAAGAAAUCAAUGGGCUUUACUAAAGGAUAAAUUAAUAUACAAUAAUCAACAAAUUACUUUUAAGAAUUUAAAUUUUGCUAUUAAUUUAUUAUUAGAGAGAUGUAAAGAUAAUGAAUAUUCCUAUACAAUAUUAGAAACCUUUUAUUUGAAUAAUAUAGAUAAUAAUGAAAAUAAUUUUCAAAAAUUAAAUCCAUUAAAAUUAUCAAUUUAA